UGGAUGCCGAGGUUGCUCCAUUAAUCAACCAACAUCAGAUUGUGCUUCCUCGUCAUGCUCGUCGCUCUGGAGCAGAAUCUGCACACAACGAUGAUGACAGUGACACUGGCUAUGACCUUGAAGGCUACGGCCACUCUACCAACCACAACUCAUCAGAUGGCAUUGCAUCUAAUGCUCGAUCUUAUGGAGAUGCCAUUUCUUCCCUCUUUACCGACAACUACAUGUCUCUUGAAUUGAAGCCAGAUGCUCAUCGUCGUCCUCUGUGGGUGUGCCACAAUGGUCGUAUUAUUUUAGAAGCUUUUUCUCCAUUGGUUACCCAAGCCCAGGAUUUCUUAAUCACCAUCGCUGAGCCUGUUACCCGUCCUUCUCGCAUUCAUGAAUUUAAACUCACUGCAUACUCUCUUUACGCUGCUGUCAGUGUUGGCAUGUCCACCGAUGUUAUUCUGGAUGUUUUGGAACGCUUCAGCAAGAUUGCUGUUCCUAAUCGUGUCAUCCAAUUUAUUAAAGAAUGCACUCUUAGCUACGGAAAAGUCAAACUGGUCUUGAAUAGAAACAAAUACUUUAUUGAAUCAAGUUAUCCAGAGAUUUUGCGAAUCUUACUGGCAUCCCCCGUCAUUGCCUCUGCCCGUGUCAUUCGUAAUGAUGACGAUCAGACGGAUCUCAACAAUUUGAAUCCCUCAACUUUAGGCCAUAUAAACAAUCACUCACAUUCCAUAAUGGAUGGGUUUAAAAAAUUAGGCUCCAUUGCUAGCAACAAUACUAAGUUGGACCCAUGGUCUGCAAAACGCCUUAAACUCGUCACCAAUGGCGCAGACAAAGAAGAUGUAGAUGCCCAAUUCGAAGAUGAUGAUGACGAUGCAGAUGCUAUUGCUAAUUCUGCAACUCAUGCAAGAGAUGGUCUGACAGAAAAGGGCUCUAAUUUGAUUCUUGACGACGAAUCCGACUUUACCCAAUCAUUUGAAAUUGCCUCGCACAUGGCUGAAGAAGUGAAAAAGAAAUGUACCGAGCUAGACUACCCUUUAAUGGAAGAGUACGAUUUUCGAAAAGAUGAUAUCAACGAAGAUCUUGACAUUGAUUUGUCGCCAAAAACUACCAUUAGAGAUUAUCAGGAAAAGUGUCUGAGUAAAAUGUUUGGUGGUGGUGCCUCGGGCGGUCGUGCUAGAUCUGGAAUCAUUGUUCUUCCUACUGGUGCUGGUAAAACACUGGUUGGCAUCACUGCUGCUUGCACUGUCAAAAAAAGUACAUUGGUACUGUGUACCAAUGCUUUGUCGGUUGAACAAUGGGCAAACGAGUUUCGUAAAUGGUCUACUCUACAAGAUCAUCAGAUUGCAAAAUUUACUGCGGAUUCUAAACAACGGUUUGCUGGAAAUUCUGGUGUGGUUGUAUCCACCUAUACUAUGAUUUCACAUACAGGAAAGCGUGCCUACGACACUCAAAAAAUGAUCGAGUUUGUCAAUGGUCAUGAAUGGGGUCUGAUGAUUCUCGAUGAGGUCCACGUCGUUCCAGCAAAUAUUUUUCGACGUGUAUUGACGACAGUAGCCGCACAUACAAAACUAGGACUUACAGCCACUUUGGUGAGAGAAGAUGACAAAAUUGAAGAUUUGAAUUUUCUUAUUGGUCCAAAACUUUAUGAAGCCAACUGGAUGGAUCUUGCUACUCGUGGUCAUAUUGCCAAAGUUGAGGCUGUGGAGAUUUGGUGUCCAAUGACUGGUGAUUUUUAUCAGCAAUAUAUCAAUUCUAAGCCAGGCAAGCGAAGGCUGUUGUGUGUAAUGAAUCCUGCCAAAUUUAUGGCUGCGCAGUAUUUAAUCAAGUGGCGUGAGAAACAAGGCGAUAAGAUUAUUGUAUUUUCGGAUAAUGUAUUCGCUCUCGAGUACUAUGCCAAAGCUCUUAAAAAACCAUAUAUUUAUGGUGGGACAUCACACGAGGAACGAUCUCGCAUCCUCAACUAUUUUCGCAACAACCAUCCCAUGUUUCGAACUAUUUUCCUUUCCAAAGUAGGUGACACAUCUCUUGAUCUUCCUGAAGCUACGUGUCUUAUCCAAAUCUCGUCUCAAUUCGGCUCACGUCGACAAGAAGCUCAGCGUAUGGGUCGUAUUCUUCGUGCCAAGCGAAGAAACGAAGAAGGGUUCAAAUCACGAUUUUAUACUUUGGUGAGUAAAGAUACCGACGAAGUGGUAUUUAGUGCUCGAAGAAGGACGUUUCUAGUUGAUCAGGGAUACGAAUUUCAUGUGGUGCCAAACUAUUUGAGUAUGAUUCCUGAGGAGGAUCGAGGCGAGUUGCUGAUGAGUCAAUAUUCCGAUCAGGUCAAGUUGCUGCAGUUGGUAAAGCAACAAACUGAAGAAGUGGGCAUGGAUGAGGUUGUUGUUGCAGAAGCUGAUGAUCUGGCUGGGGUGUGGAUGUCUCAAAGUGGAAGUAUGGGUAAGCGUGGUGUAGCAAAUAGACGAGGACGUGGUGGUUCUAGCACAAAUGGUCGUCCAGCCGCUGUUGGCAAAAAGUCGCAUUCGUUGUUUAAAGCUUGGAAAGCAAAAUAAUAUUCAUUUGUUUUAUUUUAUAGU